GACAAUCCUCUCUUUUUUCAUGUACAAUUUUAAUCAAAUAAAAGAAUGUGCGUCUCUGAAUAAAACCAAGUAACAAAUCAAUAUUUAUUUCCUUUUGUUCGUUCAUAUACAGAUUGUUUCAUCUAUUAAUAUACAGAAGAAGAUUGGAAACCAUCAGUUUGUAGGAAUUUGAAAUGGAAGCAGAACAGUUACUGAUGUUUUCAGCCAAGAUCAUUUUAUCACUGGUUUUGGGUGGAUUUCUGGUGUUCUUUGCACAUCUCAGCAAUAUUUUAAUAUUGCAUCGAAGAAAAGUAAGAUCAAAACUUCAAAGCCAAGGAAUUAAGGGACCUUCACCAUCUCUUCUCUAUGGAAAUCUCCCUGAUAUCAAGAAAAUUCAACUUCAGAAGCAAAAGCAGCCAAGGCCAGAAACCAAUAAUCAAGAAAUAGAAGGAAGGAAGCCUUUGCUACAUACUUGGCCUUCCAGAGUCUUUUCACACAUUAAACAGUGGGAAAUUGAAUAUGGAUCAACAUUCAUGUAUUCAGCUGGAAUUAUACAGACAAUAUGUACAACUGAUGUAGAAAUGGUGAAAGAAAUCAGCCUAUGCACAACUCUAAACCUGGGAAAGCCAUCUUACCUAUCCAAAGAUCGAGGUCCUCUGCUUGGCCAAGGCAUUUUCUCUUCAAAUGGCACUUACUGGGCUCACCAGAGAAAGAUCAUUGCCCCUGAAUUCUAUCUCAACAAAGUUAAGGAGAUGGUGAAGCUGAUGGUUGAAUCCACCAGUAAAAUGAUAGAAUCAUGGGAUGAGAAAACCAGAAUUUCUGAAGGAAAAUUGGAGGUUAAGGUUGAAGGUGAUCUCAAGAGUUUGUCAGCAGAUAUAAUAUCAAGAGUUUGUUUUGGGAGCAACUACGCUGAGGGGGAACAAAUCUUCCUAAAACUUCAAACCCUUCAAAGGGUUAUGUCCAAGGUUCCCAUUGGAGUUCCUGGAUUGAGGCAUAUCCCAAACAAACACAAUAGGGAGAUAUGGAGAUUGGAAAAAGAGAUUAAAGCAAUGAUAUUGAAGAUAGUAAGAGCGCGGAGCAAUGCCACCUGUGAGAAAAACCUUCUACAGUUGAUUCUUGAUGCUGCGAAGAGUUACGAAGAGAGUGGUGAUAAACUACCAGCUGGCAUCACUCCUGAUACGUUCAUCGCUGAUAAUUGCAAGAACAUAUACUUCGCUGGCCAUGAGACCGUUGCCCUCACAGCAUCGUGGUGCUUGAUGUUACUAGCUGCGUAUCCAGAAUGGCAAGCUCGUGCCCGAGCUGAGGUGCUCGAUGUCUGUGGUAAUGAGUUGCCAAAUAAUGAUAUGCUGAAACGAAUGAAAGUGCUGACAAUGAUCAUCCAUGAAACAUUGCGUUUGUACCCACCAGUAGCUUUUGUGGUUAGAGAAGCAUUGCAGGAUAUAAGUUUCAAAGAUAUUGAGAUUCCAAAAGAGACUAAUAUUCAGAUUAGUAUCCCAAUCCUACACCAACAGCAAGAACUCUGGGGACCAGAUACAGAUCAAUUCAACCCAGAAAGAUUUGCCAAGGGCAUUGCAAAGGCUUGCAAAGUCCCAAAUGCUUAUAUACCAUUUGGAAUAGGGAGUAGAACCUGCGCAGGGCAAAAUCUUGCUAUGAUUGAACUGAAGGUGAUUGUAUCGAUGAUUCUUUCUAGGUUUACAUUUUCGUUGUCCCCAGGAUAUCAGCAUAGCCCUGUUUUUAGAUUAGUCAUAGAACCCGAGUAUGGUGUUAACCUAUAUCUCCAAAAAAUUUGACAUAUUUUUCUUCCUUGAUAUUUGACAAUGCCUAAUCUAUCAAGUUCAAUUGAUCCGAGAAAGGUUAAUGAAGAGUCCAUAAAUGAUGUUUAAUUUA